AACAGACCCAUCCAUAAUCAGGCGGAUCCUUCCUCUUCCAGCUCAGAUCACCCGCCGACGGCAUUCCAAGUCCUGCAGCGUGCAGUUGGAGGGGCUUAAGCCUUAAACCCUAAACCACCCCUCAACCUCCGAUAUCGUCAAUCUGCUUCAUCGCGCUGCCGUUCCUCGGAUCCUCCGCGUCUUCUCCGAUCUCAGAGCGGCAUAGAUGAAGCACACGAAGCAGAGGCGUCGCCGCAAGGCGGUGACAUUCUACACGGCAUGUUACGGCUUCAGGAAGCCAUUUAAGGUGCUGUGUGAUGGCACCUUCGUGCACAACCUCGUCGUCCAUCGGGUCGAUCCUGCCGAUAGGGCUAUCUCGAACAUUCUCUCCGCCCCCGUCAAGCUCUUCACCACGAGAUGUGUUCUAGAGGAACUGAAGAGACUGGGGAGAUCCCACUCCGAAGCACUUGCUACUGCACGUAGUUUUGCAGUUGCGAGGUGUGAUCAUGAGGGCAAGACCAAGGCUGAUAGCUGCAUCUUGGAGGUUGUUAAGGAAAAUAAUCGUGAACACUUUUUUGUGGCUACUCAAGAUGCUGAUCUUCGGAGAAAGCUAAAGGAGAUGCCCUGUAUCCCUAUAAUGUUUGGCCUGAGAAAUGUUCUAUUUCUGGAGCAACCGUCUGCAGCUCAACGCAAAUAUGCCAAAGAUUCUGAAGAAGAGCGCUUGCAUAUAUCUGAGGAGGAGCGGAAAAUGUUGGAAAAGAAAACAGGGGUGAUUUUGGCAUCCACGAAACCAAAGCACUCUGAUGAAGAGGAAGAUCUUGCUGGUCAAGAUGGAUAUAAAGCAGUAGCAGAAAAGACACAAGCUGUGAAGAAAGGACUUGGUGUGAAGGAUAAGCCUCAGUUCAAGAGAAAGAAAGCGAAGGGUCCGAACCCAUUGUCAUGUUUGAAGAAGAAGACUCAUGGAAAUGAAAAACCCACAUCAGAGAAGGAAAAGGAAGUGAAUGAAGGUCACACGAGAAGUAGAGGUAGGAAGAGGAAGAGAUUGCGCAAAAGCAAAAAGCCUCUGGUGAUGGAUUAACUGAGGUUUUUGCAGGACACAGAACCACUAUAGAGAGCAAUUUUGGCUAUGUUGAUUCUCAAGUCCCUUUUUGCCCACAGUUAGUGAUGUAUGUAUUAUCCAUUUUCUUAGUUAAUGUUAAUGACUCAAACAGAACUUCGUGACGGAAAAAUUACUGUAAUGGCGGUGCGGGUUCCUGACUAGUGAUUGUAUGAGGAAGCAUUUGGCUACUGUGAUUUCUGUGUCUUUUA